GUGAACACAAGGCUGGGUACAUCAUUUCACCGUUAUGGCACAUGAAUUCAUAGCAAACAGAGAAGGAACCGCCAACUCACGCCAUGCCAAUCUCACGUCGUCCCUCGAUCUGAGCACGUCGCUGGAUCACAGCGUCCAGACGCGCAUUUUUAAAAUCAUUGUGAUCGGGGACUCAAAUGUGGGCAAGACCUGUUUAACCUUCCGCUUCACCGGCGGAUCCUUCCCCUGCAAGACUGAAGCAACCAUCGGCGUGGAUUUCAGGGAGAAAGCCGUGGAGAUCGAGGGCGAGAAAAUAAAGGUACAAGUAUGGGACACAGCAGGCCAGGAACGCUUUCGCAAGAGCAUGGUGGAGCACUACUACCGCAAUGUGCAUGCUGUCGUAUUUGUGUACGACGUCACAAAAAUUGUCUCUUUCCAGAACUUAAAGGCCUGGAUUCAGGAGUGCAACGGGCAUGGGGUGUCAUCCGCUGUGCCUCGUGUCCUGGUGGGCAACAAGUGCGAUCUGAUUGACCAGAUUCAGGUCUCCUCCAACACUGCCCUCAAGUUUGCCGAUGCCCAUAACAUGCUGCUGUUUGAAACAUCAGCCAAAGAUUCGAAGGAGAGCCAGAAUGUGGACUCCAUUUUCAUGUGCCUGGCAUGUCGUCUAAAAGCCAAAAAGUCUCUGAUCCACAGAGAUGUGGAGAGAGAAGAUGGUAGAAUCAGACUGACCCAUCAACCCGAACCUAAGAGUAACUGCCUGUGCUGAGGACCUUAAACUGUGAAAUUAUUAACGUUUAUGAUUUGCAAUGAAACAAUGUGCCUGCAACUAAUGACAUUUUACUUUGUGACAACUGCUCCAUGACAUUGCCUUUUCUCUGUGUUUCUCUGUAUGUGCUUAUCUUUAUUUUACCAAUGUUUUCUCGAAUAACGUCAUCACUAAAAAUAGCUUUGUCAAUGAAACACAUGGAGAUAUAUAUAUAUAUAUAUAUACAUAUAUAAUGUCAAGAACAAGUCUAGGUCAUAUUUCACCUUGAAAUCAAAUGGGGGUUAAAAAUAAGAAAGAUUUGUUUUAUUUUGAAUACCAUUAAAAUGUUUAGUAUUUUUUUUUGUUUUUUUUGCAUUGUAACAUUUAUCAUGACAAUUAAGCACAUUAAGCCCAAUUCUCAUUAAUGUAAUGCAAAAAGGAAUGUCAUUUUGGUGCUUUUAAUAUGAAGAAAAAAAAAUAAUGUUAUCUGAAUUGUGAACUAUUUAUACUAAAGAUAGACUGAUUGACUUCUCCACUUAAUCGGUAAUAGGAUUAGAUCGGUUUACCGAAAAAGUUGGACGCAAAGACUUUACAUUUUAAAUAUGAAUUAAGGGGCUUUGAACAAGUGUAUAUUACAACUAAAACUAUUCAAAUUAAUUAUCUGUUGACUGUACGCAAUAUAGUUUUGUAAAGCAUUUUAAAUGAGGUUAGUGAUUAAUUAUUUAGUAGUUAAUGUGCAUAAAAACAGAAAUAAAACAAGAAUAAAAAAAUUGGUUAUGCAUUUCAUUUAUCGGACACUUAAACUAAUCAAAACUAAAAAAUAAUCAGUAUCAUAUCGGUCAGUAAAAUUCAAUAUCGGUUGAUCUCUAAUUAAUACAGAAUGUUAAAAUGUGUUGUACUAUCUUUAAUUCUGAUUUAAAUACAUUUUAAAAUCAUUUGAUGUACUGUAUAUCAUUAUAUGCCAGUCAUUUUAUUACAGGAUUGUUUUCAAUACACAGUAUGACCAUUGAGAAUAAAACGUAAAUAUUAAAAAGUAAAAUGUAAAUAUGCAAAUAAAGGAAAAAAGUACAGCAUCCAGGCACAUUACAGUAAUGAGAAUUUAGGUGCAAAUGUGCAUGAUUUUCAUGAAAAUAUUGUCACACUACAGUAUUAAUUUCUUUCGUUUUCUUAAGGCAAAAUGUCAUUUUUUUUAUUUUUUUUACUUAAUUUGAUGUUAGAGUGAAAUGUGACAUUCAAUGACACUCAUCCAUUUGUUGGAAAAUGAUGUUGAAUUCCUGAUACUAAAUUCAGGACACGCUUUAUCUGCAAUAUCACUCUACUAAUCUAUAAA